GCUGCUGCGGAAACUCCUACAAGGCGGGCUUCAGGCUAUUUUACAUAGACAGGACACCACAGAUGCAAACUCUGCUCACAGACUGAGACGCUCGUUAAAGUGCAAUGUCUUCUCCAGGUGCCACCUUCAACCCUCUGAACACUCUGGCGCACAAAAGCAAGACAAAGAAAAAACACUUUGUGCAGCAGAAAGUGGAGGUUUUCCGAGCCAGUGACCCUGUGUUGAGCGUUCUGAUGUGGGGAGUCAAUCACUCGAUUAAUGACCUGAGCCAGGUGCCUGUACCUGUCAUGCUGCUUCCAGAUGACUUCAGAGCCAGUACCAAGAUCAAAGUCAGCAACCACCUCUUCAACAAAGAGAAUCUUCCAGGACAGUUCAAAUUCAAAGACUACUGUCCACAGGUGUUCAGAAACCUGCGAGAGCACUUUGGAAUUGAGGACCAAGAUUACCAGGUGUCUCUAGCCCGUAGUCCUCCAUUAAAAGAGGAGGAGGGACAACGCGUGAAGCUGAUGCUGACAUCAUAUGACCGUACUUUGGUAGUAAAAGAAAUCUCCAGUGAGGAAGUGGAGGAAGUGCACAACAUUCUGUCUGAGUACCACCAGCACAUCGUCACCUGCCAUGGCAGUACGCUGCUCCCUCAGUUCCUGGCCAUGUACAGAGUUAGUGUGGAGAGCGAGGACACCUACCUGUUAGUUAUGAGGAACAUGUUCAGCCACAGACUGCACAUACACAGAAAGUAUGACCUCAAGGGGUCCCUUGUGUCUCGUCAAGCAAGUUUUAAAGAGAAGGUGAAGGAGCUGCCCACUUACAAAGAUGUAGACUUCAGGAAUAACAUGCAAAAAGUUCAUGUGAGCGACGAGGCGAAGGCGAAGAUUGUGGAAAAGCUCAACAGAGACAUCGAGUUUCUGGUGCGAAUGAGGUUCAUGGACUACAGCCUGCUGCUGGGUAUCCAUGAUGUGGAGCGGGCUGAGAGGGAGGAGGAGGCGGAGAAGGAGGAAGAGCUGGAGUUGUCACAUGAAGAGGAAAAGGAGGAUGAAAACAGCAUCGCACCUGAAGGUAUCGGUGGCUACAUGAACUCCUUCAAACCCAUGGGUCCUGGCGAGUUUGACCCUUACGUGGAUGUGUACGCCAUUCAGAGCGCUGUAGAUGCACCCCAGAGGGAGGUGUAUUUUAUGGGUCUGAUUGACGUGCUGACACAGUACGACACCAAGAAGAAAGCUGCUCACGCUGCUAAGGCUGUCAAACACGGGGCAGGAGCUGAAAUCUCAACAGUUCAUCCAGAGCAGUACGCUAAACGUUUCCUGGAGUUCAUCACUAAGAUCUUUGCCUAGUUCAAUGAUACAGUCCAGGAUAACAUUAUCAUUUCAGACAAGAGGAGUCUCAUAUGCAAUACUAACAUAUUCUCAAAUCAACAUCAAGACGCACUGCAAAUUGACUGUUAAUUUCUAAGUGAUCUACGUGGUUUUUGAGCAUUUACUCUUCAUGUCAUUCUGCACUGCGAGAUGGACAUUUAUUUUGAAUAAAGAACUAGAAUUUGCAAACAG